ACAUGGUGUGGUUGAUUGCUGCAAUUUAUGAAACAGUUGUUAUUUUUCUGUUUGUAGGAUAUCAUGAAUACUAGUGGUUCUGGCAAUGGCACAGGAGACUCUAUUGGAUCCACUCCUUCUAAAACAGAUGAUCCUGCUUGGGCUCAUUGUUUGAUUGUCCCAGGCAGAAGGAAUCAGACUAAAUGCUUAUAUUGUGAUAAGCUCAUACUAGGGGGUGGAAUUACUAGAUUGAAAGAGCAUCUUGCCGAAAUCAAAGGCAAUGUCGGUGCUUGCAAAAAAGUUUCAGCAGAUGUGAAGUGGCAAAUGCAACAGUUGUUAAGUGAGAUAAGGAAAGGGAAAGAAAAGAGACAGAGACUUGGGGAUAUGGUUGAGAGUCAAUGUGAUUCACAAACAUUUGUUGAUAAAGAUGAUGAAAUUGAAGAAAGCCAUCGAUCUCAAUCACAUGUAGCACAACAGAAAAAAAAUAUUAAUUCAUAUUUCGUACUAAGGACAACUCAUGGAGCCCAGAAAACCAUAAAAAAUGCUUUGCAAUCAAGAGAAAAACAAGAAGCUGCUAGGAUGGCUAUUGCUAGAUGGUGGUAUGAUGCUAAUGUGCCUUUCCAUGCUACACGUUCAAAAUACUACUUGCCAAUGUGGGAUGCUGUCACAUCUAUGGGACCUGGUUUCAAGGGACCGAGUUACCAUGAUUUGAGAGAUGGAUGGACAAAUCAAAGGCAACAACCAAUAAUUAAUUUCCUUGUUUAUUGUCCUAGAGGAAGCAUGUUUUUGAAGUCUGUUAACACUUCUGGUUUGACAAAAGAUGCUGAUACAUUGGAGAGGAUGUUUGAUGAAGUGGUGAAAGAAGUGGGAGUGAAAAAUGUGGUACAAUUUAUAACAGACAAUGAUGAUUCAUUCAAAGCUGCUGGGAAAAGGUUGGAAGCAAAGUACAGCACAUUUUUUGGUCUCCUUGUGCUGCCCAUUAUAUUGACUUGAUGUUAGAAAAUUUUUCUGAUGCAAGAUACUUUCCUAUAGUUGAUACUACUAUAAGAAAGGCAAGAAAAAUCACAAAGUUCA